AUGCAAGAAUGUAAACCGAAUUCAGUACCAGCGGAUCCUAAUGCUCCUCUUUCUAAUGAGCAGAGUCCUGUAAAUGACGAAGAAAAAGUCAGUAUGCAAGAAAUGCCAUACAGAGAAGCGGUUGGUUGUCUUAUGUUCGCUGCAAUUCUAACACGACCGGAUAUUAUGUACGCGGUGAGUCAAGUUAGUCGAUUCCUCAAUAAUCCUGGAAAAGAACAUUGGAAAGCGGUGAAACGAAUCCUAAGGUACAUUCAAGGAACCAAAUAUAUGGGAAUUAAAUACAGUGGGAGUCAUAUAGAUUUUACUGCUUAUUCCGAUGCUGAUUUUGCGGGUGAUGUGGAUACAAGGCGAUCAACGACCGGCUAUAUAACUCUAAUGGCGGGAGGUCCCGUAAUAUGGUCAUCGCAUCGACAAAAAUGUAUAUCGCGUUCAACGACUGAAGCGGAAUAUGUAGCAGCUUCAGAUGCUUCUCAAGAAGUGACUUGGCUCCGAAUUCUACUCCAAGAACUUUGUGUUGAUUUGAAGAAUCCAACACCUCUUCACAUGGACAACCAAAGUGCUAUUCGCUUAACAAAAAAUACGGAGCAUCAUAAGAAAACUAAACACAUCGACAUCAAAUAUCAUUAUAUUCGGGAAUGUGUUGAACACGGUGCAAUAAAAAUCAUCUAUGUUUGCACAGAAGAGCAAUUGGCUGACAUUUUGACAAAAGCGGUGCCUCGUGAUAAAUUUUUAAUAAAUCGAACGUCACUUUCAAUUCAUCAGUAA